CAAAGAUCUAAUCUCCUGUUCUCUCUAAUCGAAUCGUAUCCCUUUCGUUUCGAAAACUCCCAAAUUCCCAAACCCUAACUUUUCUCUCACAACUCCAAUGGCGCCCAAAGCUGAGAAGAAGCCCGCCGAGAAGAAGCCAGCGGAGGAGAAGAAGUCGACUGUGGCUGAGAAAGCCCCGGCCGAGAAGAAGCCCAAGGCCGGCAAGAAGCUACCCAAGGAAGCCGGAGCCGCCGCCGGAGAUAAGAAGAAAAAGAGAUCGAAGAAGAGCGUAGAGACCUACAAGAUCUAUAUCUUCAAGGUGCUGAAGCAGGUUCACCCUGAUAUUGGGAUCUCCAGCAAGGCCAUGGGCAUCAUGAACAGCUUUAUCAACGACAUCUUUGAGAAGCUCGCCCAGGAGUCUUCCAGGCUUGCAAGGUACAACAAGAAGCCGACCAUUACUUCUCGGGAGAUCCAGACUGCUGUGAGGCUUGUGCUUCCUGGUGAGCUCGCUAAGCACGCGGUGUCUGAGGGGACCAAGGCGGUGACCAAGUUUACAAGUUCUUGAAGUGUGGUGGGUUCUGCUCUGUUCUGGAUAUGUAGUUUUUCGAUGUCUAGUGUUUAGUUUUAGGGUUUCAGUUUAGUAGAUAUGUAAUUCACUAUCAGUUCUUUCAACGAAAUACUAUGGUUUAUAUGAUCUGAAUUCUGCACUGGCAUGGAUUAUACCUGCAAUAUUGUGAUCUCAAAUUUGAAAUGAAAUCCCAUGUUGUACUUAAUGAUGGUUUGUGUAACGUGAAUUUUGUUCCAAUGU